AUGAACCGGCUUCAUGUAGAAAGAAAAUCUAAAAGCGAAGAAACAAAACAUGAAGGGGAAAAUAGUUUAACAGAAUCUGAACUCUCAACUGAAAGAAAUCUGAAUAUUGCUUUGAACAAUUGCCUUCCUGUAGUUUCUUGCCACCAUGGGAUGUUCCCGGAGCUCACACCGAGAUCAGUGGAAGAAUUUCCUGCUCCUCCUCCUCCCAAAAUAGACAAAUAUAAGCUUGCAAGAUUUUUAGCAGAUAAAGCCAUCAGGGAAAGGAGAAUUUUUACCAUCUGUGGUCCUUACCCAGUAAUUCGCUCUUGUUUAAGAAAGAGAGGAUGGGUGGAAAGAAAGCAUAUUCUUAAAUUUGACAUUCCGGACCAUAAAGAUGAAGGGAAUGAAGCAGAAUGUGACAACGGUGUUAAAAAUGAAAGCAAGACAGUAUUGCAUGAAGAAGAAAGUUUAAACAAUUCAAAUGACAUCCAUGAUAUAAUGGUAAGGCUAAUUGGUCCUUAUAAUUUACACAGCUCCGUUCAUCUUUGCAAUAAUUUCAUCCAGAAAAAUUACAAAAAUGCAACAGAUCGUAGUUCUCAGUUGCCGUAUCACAACAUGUGGUCCAGUAGCAAAUUCCAAGAGUAUUUGCAGAAGAGAGGCCUUGGCCAUGUUUGGUGCAACAUCAUCUAUCCAUCUAUGAAAAAAAUCCUAAUAUAUAUAAUGAAGAUGGCUCAGGAGCAAGUGGAAGCACGGAGGAGCAGCUUUGAACUCUAUGGAGCAGAUUUCAUUCUUGGCACUGAUUUCAAACCUUGGUUGAUUGAAAUCAAUAGUAGCCCAACUAUGCAUCCUUCCACUCCCAUUACAAUGGACCUUUGUGCUAAAGUGCAAGAAGACACAAUCAAGGUUGUGCUUGACAAGAAGCUUGAGAAAAAUUGUGAAACUGGGAAUUUUGAGCUUCUGUGGAGACAACCCAUGUUGGAUAUGCCACCAUUUAAUUCUACAGACCUCAUUGUGGAAGGAAUUGGUUUUAAGAAACUGAAAAAGCAUGUGGUCAUCACUAACUUUAAUUUUGCUGAACCCCUGUUGAACGUCCUGCAGCCUGCAACUAAUCAUGAAACCAAAGGGGACUCAAUUCCACCUAUCAACGAAAAGCAAAACAUAAAAGUAAAACAUGGAAAUUGCACUCCUUGCACCCUGCCAAAGACCCUGGAGAAAAAGUCGGAGAAAAACCCUAAAGUAAAGUCGAUUCUCAAAAAGCCUACCAAAAUCAUAGAUUUCCCUCACAUAACUAUUCUCCAAGAAGCAGCAAUCGGGCCUGAUACAAAAAAGACCAAGGCAAUUAAAGAACCCAAACAGCAGACUGGAAAUCAAGCAGUUACCAGCUUUCCAAAUUCAAAUUCAUUAGACUGGGCAUUACUUCAGCCCUCUAAAGAUACAGGAAACAUGAAGCCAUCAUGUAAUUUCUGCUGUGAAGCAACUAUCUCCUUGAUUGCACUUUCAGACUGUGAAGGUCUGCAGAACCAAACCCAGAAGACUCCGUGCCUAGUUUGUGGAGAUGGUUUCCAGUCGGAGAAAACUUGUAAACACUGCAGCUCUUUUUGUGCAACUGUAUUACAAGGAGGUUCAUAUUUACCUAUGAGUCCGUGUUCUGCUGCUGAAAAGAUGGCCAAGACCAGGGUGGCUGCCCCAUAUUAUGGGUUUCCAAAAUACUUUUGA